UUAAUCAAUGGAUGAAUUUUAAGGUAUAGUUUCGUAUUUUUUUUUAGAAGAGAGACGAUAACUCUGCUUCUGUUUGAGUGAUUUUGAAUUUUCAGAAGCAGAGUAUUUGCUAAAAACAGAGAGAACCAAGGCGAAAAUGUCGGACUCGCCGUCUUCUUCUCCACCUGCACCGUCUGCCGAUUCUGCUCCUCCGCCGGAUAACUCAACCGGCGGAUCCGCUCCUCCACCUACGGAUUCAGCCCCACCUCCUAGUCCGCCGGCUGAUUCAUCUCCGCCUCCAGCUGAUUCAUCUCCUCCUCCGGCUGAUUCUUCUCCCCCUCCGCCGCCGGCUGAUACAUCUCCUCCGCCUGCUGAUCCAUCUCCUCCGCCAAGUUCUCCACCUCCUCCGGAAAAUGCUCCACCGCCGUUGCCUACUGUGUUCCCUCCACCUCCACCGGAAGACUCACCCCCGCCGGAGCCCACCAACUCCCCUCCCCCACCGGAAGUGUUUGAAUCGCCACCGCCUCCGCCCAAUGAAGCAGACAGCCCUCCUGCUCCUCCGCCUCCUGAACAGGUACCUCCUCCAGCGUCUUCACCGCAGGCGGGACACAAGAAACCUAAAAAACACUCACCAGGACCUAAAAAAUCUCCUUCAGCACCAACCAAAUCACCUUCAGCACCUGCCAAAUCGCCACCCGCUCCUCCACCCGCUCCUCCGCUAAACUCGCCAUCUCGCGGAGUCCCCAGCAGCGGAAUCUCUGUCCCGCCACCACCAAAUGGCGGUGGCGGCUAUCAAGGAAAGACUAUGGUAGGUUUUGCAGUAGCGGGUUUCGCGGUCAUUGCCUUGAUGGCUGUUGUGUUUUUAGUCAGAAGGAAGAAAAAGAGAAACGUUGAUGCUUACAGUGACUCACAGUACUUGCCUCCUUCAAAUUUCUCCAUCAAAUCAGAUGGAUUCUUAUACGGUCAAAAUCCAACAAAGGGAUACUCUGGUCCUGGUGGUUACAAUACACAACAACAAUCCAGUACCGGAAACAGCUUUGGCAGCCAAAGAGGAGGAGGAGGUUAUACACGGUCAGGGAGCGCACCUGAUUCAGCAGUGAUGGGAAGUGGUCAAACGCAUUUCACUUAUGAAGAGCUAAUGGACAUAACUGAAGGAUUUUCUAAGCAAAACAUACUUGGAGAAGGAGGGUUUGGUUGUGUCUACAAAGGUAAACUAAAUGAUGGAAAACUAGUUGCUGUUAAGCAGCUUAAGGUUGGUAGUGGACAAGGCGACCGUGAGUUUAAGGCAGAGGUUGAGAUCAUUAGUCGUGUUCAUCAUCGCCAUUUGGUUUCUCUUGUUGGUUACUGCAUUUCGGAUUCAGAGAGAUUGCUUAUCUAUGAGUAUGUUCCUAACCAAACCUUGGAGCAUCAUUUGCAUGGGAAGGGAAGGCCAGUCCUUGAAUGGGCUAGAAGAGUCAGAAUUGCUAUAGGUUCUGCCAAAGGUUUGGCAUAUUUGCACGAAGACUGUCACCCAAAAAUCAUUCACAGGGACAUCAAGUCCGCAAACAUCCUGCUAGACGAUGAGUUUGAAGCUCAGGUUGCUGACUUUGGGCUUGCCAAACUCAAUGAUUCAACACAAACCCAUGUGUCAACUCGUGUUAUGGGAACCUUUGGGUACCUAGCACCAGAAUAUGCACAAAGCGGAAAGCUGACUGAUAGAUCAGAUGUAUUCUCAUUUGGGGUUGUUCUCUUAGAGCUUAUAACAGGACGCAAACCAGUUGACCAGUACCAGCCUCUGGGAGAAGAGAGUUUGGUUGAAUGGGCUCGCCCACUGCUUCACAAAGCCAUUGAGACCGGCGAUUUCAGUGAACUAGUCGAUAGGAGGCUAGAAAAGCACUACGUGGAGAAUGAAGUUUUCAGAAUGAUUGAAACGGCUGCUGCUUGUGUUAGGCAUUCUGGUCCUAAACGUCCACGCAUGGUUCAGGUUGUGAGAGCACUAGACAGCGAAGGAGACAUGGGAGAUAUCAGCAACGGAAUCAAAGUGGGACAAAGCAGUGCUUAUGAAUCUGGUCAGUAUAACCAUGACACCAUGAAGUUCAGGAAAAUGGCGUUUGGUUUUGACGACAGCUCAGAGUCCGGCAUGUACAGUGGAGACUACUCUGUCCAUAGCUCCAGGAAAGGAUCCAACGGAGCCUCCUCUGAGUUCACAAGGAAUGAAUCCGACAACAGAAACUUCAAUAACAGGCGGUUCUGAUUCAAAGAUAGGUCAAACUUAUAACCUCUUCUUCUCUUGUCUUUGCCUUAUAAUCACUCCUCAUGCUUGAGCUCUUUGUACAGCAUUAAUGCUCUCUUUUGUAUUCUUUUGUGUGUGAGAUACGUUUCUUGCUAGCUUACCUUUAGUUUUGCUUCCAUAAUUGUGGACAUUUGCCUCAAAAGACUUAUCAUAGGUGAGAACAGAAAAAAAGCAACAACAAAAAAGAAAAAGAGAAGUCACAACAGUGUUCUGUAAGAGUGAUUUUGAAUCUUGUUUGCUUUUGUAUGUUUCUCUGUGUUGAGUUUUGGAUUUUUUUGUUGUGUGUGAUAACAUGAAUGAAGAACUCCAUCAUCUUAUUUUUUCACAUAUUGAGCUUAA